CACUUACAAGCCCUAUGCUAUGCUACGCUGCUGCUGCUACUUCUUCCCUCGAGUGGUAUUUCCAAAGCAAAGCAGAAAGACAAAGACCGCAGGCUUUGCUGUCAGAAAGAAGCAAACAACUCUCUCUCUCUCACUCCACCACCCUUUAUUUCUCUCUCACACACAGGUAGGUAUCUGCCAAAGAUAUAAAGGAGCCCGAAGAGGACACUGUAAAAGCUUUUUACAAACUUGGUCUUUAUACAUCCAACACAACCAACGAAGUUAAUUAGCCACCACAGUCACGCACGCUAAGCCAAACCUAAUAGUAAUAGUAGCAAGUUUCUUUCUUUUUUGCUCUCUCUCUCUCCAUGGACUUCCAUCUGAAGCAAUGGAGAAACCAGCACGAGUCAGAGGAACAACAUUCUACAAAGAUGCCAAAACUUCUCCCUGAAUCCCAUCAACAACAACAGCCAUCAGCCUCUGCACUCCCUUUGUUUGUACCUGAACCCAACAGCAGCAAAGUCAGCACCCUGUCAGAUUCAACAUUAGCUUCUGCUACAAUGACUUCUACCACCACUAACAGAUUAUUUCCCAGGAUGGGGAGCUACUUCAGCUUGUCUCAGUGGCAGGAGCUUGAGUUGCAGGCUUUGAUAUUCAGGUACAUGUUGGCUGGUGCCGCUGUUCCUCCUGAACUCCUUCAACCAAUCAAGAAAAGCCUUCUUCAUUCUCCACACUAUUAUCACCCUCUCCAACAUUACCAACCUUCUGCUUUGUUGCAAUCAGGGUAUUGGGGUAGAGGAGCGAUGGAUCCGGAGCCAGGGCGGUGCCGGAGAACCGACGGCAAGAAGUGGCGCUGUUCGAGGGACGUGGUGGCUGGGCAAAAGUACUGUGAGCGCCACAUGCACCGUGGAAGAAACCGUUCAAGAAAGCCUGUGGAACUACCCACACCAACUAGUGCUAUUAAUAAUUGUGGUGUAACUGGAGUUGGAUCUCUAGGACCAGGUGCUUCAUCAUCUCCCAUUUGUUCACCACCCUUAGCUUCUGCUUCAUUCAAAUCUCCUUUUGAUCUUCAUCUUGAUGAACGUUCCUCUGGGACCAAGAAUGAAGACGAAGAUCAUGUGGGUGGGGAUGGCAGAUCAGGUGGAGGUGGUGGCCAUAUGCUGAGGCAUUUCUUCGAUGAUUGGCCACGAUCACUCCAAGACUCUGACAACGUUGAAAACAAUGCUGCUGCUGGCCGUAGCCUCUCUAUUUCAAUGCCCGGUGCUUCCUCGGAUGUGUCAUUGAAAUUGUCCACGGGCUAUGGAGAGGACUCGGGCCCAGGAAAUGAGAAUGUAAGCCUCGAGGCAGAGCAGCUGCAGUUGAAUUGGGCCGGAGGAUGGGCCUCGUCUAAUCAAGUGGCUUCGAUGGGAGGUCCACUUGCUGAGGCACUCAGAUCAUCUACUUCAACCUCAUCUCCCACUAGUGUUUUGCAUCGUCACUUGCCUCGUGGAUCUGAGACCAGCUUUAUUAGCACCUGAAUUUAGUUAUAGUGGGUGCCCCAAUUAUUUUUCUGUUUCUUGUUUCGAGGUUUAAGUUCCACUUUUGGAGCAUUCUUGGACCACGGUUAUGUUCUUUUCAAACUGUGUAGACUACUUUUGUUUCUAAGUGGGCGAUGAAAGGAUAUGGUCGGUCCCUGGUUGGAUUAAUUCGAAGUAAUACUAAAUUGUCAAUUAACAAUCA